UUCAAUGUUCCCAAACGAAGAGUACAGAGACCAAUGGAACGACAUCAAUUUAAGCCGAUGCCAAAGAACUUGUGCUGAUUACCUAAGUACAGAUCCAUGCAUGUCAUAUACGAACGAGCCAGAUUGCUACUGUAAACCUGGUUUUGCUAGAAGAACGGAUCGGGAGUAUGGUGAAUGUAUACCGAUUUCGAGUAUCGAAUGUCAAUCACAGUUUCCAGUAAAUGAAGCUGACUGUGCACUACUACUAAAUGAGGAAUUAGUGAUUAACGAGCCAUGGCCUCAUCAGAUGGACAAGACUUGUAAAAAUCAUAAGGUCGUCUUUCAGGGAGAAGCUCCAGGCGGAAAUUUUUGGGCUCCGCAUUGUGAAUGCAAAAGUGGAUACAAACGACUACCCAAUGGAGUAUGCGUUGCUAUUGACGAUCCAGAAUGCUAUAGGUUGUGGAAACCGUCGUAUGGCCAAUGUUUGCUACGCGGUGAAAACUUUCGCUGGGGCUUAACUUGUCAACCAACUUGUGCAAAUCAUGCUCAACCAUUGACGUGUAAUUCACAGCAGUCUGUGUCCGAUUGUUAUUGUUCCGGUAACAAGGUCAGAAUCUUCAACAAUGAGUCGCCUUGCGUUUCGGUUGAGGAAUGCGAUAUUUAUCUCAAUCCACCUGAUUAGUAAUUUUGCAAUUAAAAGAUAAU